AUGAAAUAUCAAGUACAAUAUCGAGCGCCGUCACCGCCACCACCGGGCGUCACACGAACUCCUGAGGAGAUAGAAGCAGAAUUGAAGAAAAUAGAAGCUCAAUAUGAAAAGCUGGCUCUAGUCUGUAUCGAUCUCCCUCAAGACGUGAUGUGGACGGAACCCCCAGUCAUAUGUCAGUGGCAAGAAGCAAGGAAACUGUGGACGAGCAAUUACGUCAACGAUUACAAGUUUAAUGAAGAUAAGCUCACAGUGCAGUUUAGAACCGGUGUGCUCUGGCCCAUCGGAAUAGCAGCACUGCGAUAUGGUAACAUGCCAUACCAGGGAUGGGACGUGAGACCAGAUCCGAAUGGCAAAGGCGUGUUAGUCUCAGUGACUGGUGUCUGCGUGACUGUCACUUGGAUUUGUAUCGGCAAUGUUGUGAAGUUGAAGUGGAUAGCAAACGCUACGACGUCCGCUCUAAGAGAACAUUUCGAUAAGCCCUACAGCGUGAAAAGGAUGAUACAAGUAAGUGAUUCUCCUAUAAAAGAAUUUGAU